ACUUGAGAAGAAUCCCGCAGAAUGGAAGAUCCAGUAGGUGCGCUCCGUGCUCAUGGAGAGAAGGCACCACUGACAUGACCCAGGGAUAUGGGCAUCAUUGUGCAGACGUAUCCUACUAUACUCGGUGCAGAUGCUGCAGGCUUUGUCGAAGAGGUCGGCGAUGGAGUAACUCAUCUCAAAAAGGGCCAGCGGGUCAUAGGGUGCAUACCUGUUUAGACCACAUGCCCUAUCGCCAGCCGGCCUUGACUAACAUCACGCGCAGAUACUGCACCGGAUUAGGCAAGCAGAACCACGAGUUUGGAACGUUCCAGCUCUACAGCAAAGCAGACGCGAACCUCGUUUCCCCCAUCCCAGAUGACGCGAGCUUCGUAAGCGCAUCGGUACUACCGCUGGCGAUCGCAACGGCAGCAGUGGGGCUCUAUAAGAAGCAACAUUUAGGCCUACCUCUACCAUCCCUCACUCCGCGUCGAAUUGACAAGACGAUCCUCAUAUGGGGCGGUGCGUCAUCUGUAGGAGGCACGGCAGUACAGUUGGCGGUCGCCUCGGGGCUUAGAGUCGUUACCACGGCUUCGCAGCGCAACUUUGACAAGGUCUUUGAGUUGGGCGCAGAGGUAGUUGUGGAUUACCACUCGGAUACGCUCGUCCACGACGCGCUGAAGGCGUUAUCUGGGGCGGAUCUUGUUGGAGUAUACGACGCGAUCUCGGGCCCCGAGUCUUUGAAGCCUAUCGGUGCCAUAUUGGAUCAAAUCGGACCGCGAAAGGUUUCGGUUGUGUUACCGACAGAGGGCGAUUAUGGGAAGAACGCGGAGAUUAGCAUGAUGACUGCCUACCAGAUAACAGAGGACCCGGAAGAAGUGCAGAAUCCUGUCUGGAGAGACUUUGUACCGGGUGCUCUAAGGAAUGGCCAGCUGAAGCCGAAGCCGGACGCGGAGGUCGUUGGCAAAGGGCUGGAGUCGAUCCAAGCUGGACUUGAUUUGUUGAAACAGGGCGUGUCUGCGAAAAAGCUGGUAAUUCAGCUCUGAGCGUCACUCACAUGCAGAAUAUUUUUCCUCUUGCCUCAUUGUCUUGGCCUGCAUGAAGAGCUUGAGCAGCACCGGGUAGGGCAGCCUCAUGCAAUUGAGUUGAUCUCAUCUUUUGCUCGUGAAACGUGAAGGUUCGCACUAGUGCAUGGGCAUGAAGUGGUUCAGAAGAAAUAAUUCCCCGUUUGAUUUUGUAGUUUCGCAUGUGAGAAAGCUGCGUCAAAGAAAGAAGACUUGGUGCAUUGAUCUAGAUGGGUUCCUAUGUAAGGUAGCUCGAGAGCAGAGCUUGGUGCCUUGUGGUUCUCACCUGGAUAGCCGCUGUCGGUGAGCAUCAGGUGAGGAGGUGUGUCAGAU